AUGCCAGAGACGAAGCGGCUCCCCUCGUACAGCUCGUCAGCCUCGACCCUGGACGAGAAGGCCGACAUCAAGAAGAGCGAGGUAUGGGAGGGCUUCCAGGACGACGUCUUGCCCGACAAGACCCAGGGAAGGCUCGUCCGGAAUGUGCGUUUCCAAAUGCUGUCUCUCUAUCGCCGGCUAUUUGGUAUUGUCUUCUUCACGAACCUCGGCAUCUUCAUCUGGUACUGCGUGAAGGGGGCGAACGCCAGCCAGAUAGCCACGGUGGUCAUCAGCAACCUCUUCGCUUCGAUCCUCAUGCGCCAGGAGUACGUUAUCAACACUUUCUUCGCCGUGGCGUGUCUUGCUCCAAAAAGUUGGCCGCUGUGGAUCCGUCGUAUUCUAGCACGUGUAUACUCAAUUGGUGGAAUUCAUUCAGGGGCCGGUAUUAGCGGGACCGUAUGGCUUAUCCUCUUCGUCGGAAGAGCCACCCGGGAAGUCAUCGACAAGGGCAAGACGAGCGCUCCCACCUUGGCACUGUCCUACGUAAUUCUUGCUCUGCUCGUGGGGAUGGUCACCUUCGCCUAUCCGUCCUUCCGUGUGAAGUAUCACAACCAUUUUGAAGCCGUACAUCGCUUCGCGGGCUGGACGGCCGUUGCGCUUGUCUGGGCGCAGGUGGUACUUUUGAUCAACGAUUACCGCCCCGCAGACGAGGCGCUCGGACAUGCCGUCGUGCACUCGGCUCCGUUCUGGCUAGUUAUUGUUUUAACGUGCUCGAUCAUCCUUCCUUGGGCCCGGCUUCGCAAGGUACCCGUCCGGGCCGAAGUCCUUUCCGACCAUUGCGUCCGCCUCUACUUUGAAUAUGUGAAUACGCACCCCGGUCACUUCACGCGGAUGUCGCUGAACCCGCUCUUCGAGUGGCAUUCCUUCGCGACUAUCGCUGAGCCUGGGAAGAAGGGCUACUCCGCUGUCGUCUCUCGGGCGGGAGACUGGACAAAGCAGCAAAUCAGCAACCCGCCUGACAAGAUCUGGAUCCGGGGGAUCCCUUGCUACGGCGUUGUACGCGUCACACCCCUGUUUCGUCGGGUUGUAAUGGUGGCGACUGGCAGCGGCAUCGGCCCCAUCGCUCCCGUAGUCUUCGCUAAGCGGACCGAGAUCCAGCUCCUCUGGACAGCGCCUGCGCACAGGAAGACGUUCGGCGACAAGCUAGUUGACGACCUCCUUGAGGCGUCGCCUAACUCUGUUAUCUAUGACACUCGGGUGCACGGCCGCCCCGACAUGGUCAAGCUGACCUACCGCAUGGUCCAGGAGUUCAACGCGGAGGCUGUCGUGAUUAUCGCGAAUCAACCCAUUACUCAGAAGAUCGUCUACGGGAUGAUGAGCCGAGGCAUCCCUGCUUUCGGUGCCAUCUGGGACUCUUGA